CUGGCUGGAGGUCGUAGAUCCCUGCUGGAAGAUAUGUUGGCCCGCAUUUUUUCCCCUUUCAUACGUACUUUGGCACCUAGGAGUGAAUCGUGUCAGACUUUACAUAAAAGCUCAUCUCCAGUCGUCAACUCUCUGUUCCCGCUACUUCAUGCAAGGCCCGCAUACAAUAUGGACUCAAUAGAUUCAAUCCUAGAUGCGGCUACUAUUCUUUCUCGCAUAUCAGAUAUCGAUCGAGAAAAUUUGCUCGCUCAUCGAGCCAAGCUUGAGGCUGCGUUUCGCAACUUGAAAUCUUUGUUGAAAGCAAGCGAUGAAAUCGCAAGCGGCAGAAGCCUCCUGGGCUUCCUGGAGAGAAAUGAAGGAACUAUCAGAGAAUGGUUUAGAAAUGCUGGUGAGUCAGACAACAAGAGCGAGGGAGACUGGGUAGAUGAAGAUCCCCGAAUCGUGGAUCUGUCCAUUGUCGACCAAGAGAGUUCUCUUGACGAGAGGUUUCGGGCCGGUCUAAGUGCAAUCAAUUUGGCGUCCACGUAUAUGACAUGGGAACAGAAUCGGCUCAAAACUGUGAAGCGGAGGAGAAAGACGAGAGUGGAUGCGCUGUGUGAUAAUCUGGGCGCUGGAAACAGAUCGACCUUCUACAAGGAAUACGUUGAUGCGUCCGACAACUUCCGAGACAAGGAGAAGGCGAAGAAUUACAUCGAGUAUGGUGUUAAGUCUCUUGUCUUUGGCAGGAUGUUCGUACGCCAUAUGCAGGUGUAUGCUGGCGAUAUGUCUACGGACGUCCAUCUUGGUGUGCUCGGGAUACUAUUUCUAACGACUUAUUUUCGGCGCGUAACUUAUCCCAAUAUCCCGCUGCUUGUUAACGCUAUACUCUCGUCUGAUUGGGGAAAGCUCGCUGAGGAGAAGACUGAAUGGGUGUCUUCUCGACUGAAACAGAACGACGGUAAGCUCCACAGAAAAUAGUCCCGACCGUCCGUCCUGACAUGUCCCCAGAUCGCAUCCAACGAGU